GAAGCGAACCACGCGAUUCGUGAUUCCAAGUAAACAAGAGAAAUGUUGGCCUGUUUGAGAGAACCAGACACUGCGUAGCGUGAAAAGAAAUAUAAAUCCACCACCACCAGUCCGUGGACAACAAUUGUAUCGCAUACUUCGUACGCAGUGAACCGGUGGCGUCAAUCGUACGAGUGAUUUUGGUGCAUCAGUGAACAACAAGCAAUAGCAGCGAUCAUCUGACGUGUCCUUUGGUGGAUCGUGUAAACCACUUUAUAGUUUCAAGUGAUUCACACCCUAGUUCCCGAUUGGUGUUAUUCCCGGUUUGCUUCCUACCGGUAGUAAAAUCCGUUUUCCUAUCAGCAAUGUCUUGGUAUUAUGUGCCUGUUCCCACCGUACAUCCGGCGGAAAGUUUCAACCCACAUGAAGAUGCGGCCGCACUCCGUAAAGCGAUGAAGGGCUUCGGUACAGAUGAGCAGGCGAUUAUCGACAUACUUUGCUCGCGGAGUAACUAUCAACGUUUGCAAAUUAUUGAUGCAUUCAGACAGGACUUGAAACGAGAUCUGGUAAAGGAUCUCAAAUCGGAGCUGAGCGGUAAAUUUGAGGACGUUAUCGUCGGUCUAAUGUUGCCACCGGUCAACUACCUCUGCAAGCAGCUCUACAAGGCAAUGGAUGGUAUCGGUACGGAUGAGACUACACUGAUCGAGAUACUGUGCUCUCAAGAUAACGAUCAGAUGCACGCGAUUUCACGCCGAUAUGAAGAGAUGUACGAUCGACCGCUGGCCGAACACGUCUGCUCGGAAACGUCCGGUAGCUUCAGGAAAUUGUUAACGCUUAUCAUUACCGGUACACGAGACACAAACGAUGUUAUCGAUCCCGACCUAGCCGUUGAGCAAGCCAAGAGCCUUUAUAAUGCUGGUGAAGGCAAAUGGGGCACGGAUGAGUCGGUGUUUUACAAGAUUCUAGCCCACGCUUCCUUUAGCCAGCUGGAGAUUGUGUUCGAGGAGUACAAAAAACUUACCGGCCGUACCAUCGAACAGGCACUGAAGGCUGAGGUGAGCGGCGAUUUCUACGAAGCCUUGAGCGCGAUCGUCGAGUGUGUCCAGAUGGCGCCACAUUUCUUCGCCAAAAAACUGUUCCUGGCUAUGGAUGGUAUGGGAACGGAUGAUAAAACCCUGAUCCGCAUUAUCAUCAGUCGAGCGGAAAUUGAUCUGCAAAACAUCAAGGACGAGUUUGAGCAAAUGUACAACAAAACACUUCUCAGCAUGGUGAAGAACGAAACGUCCGGUGAUUACAAGCGUGUUCUAUGCGCCCUGAUUGGCGGUGCAUAGUCAAUCCAUACCAAUGCAUAACCUACAGUUUAAACAACGAAAACAACUCGAUUUUUUAAAUUAUAAGCGAACACAUUUUACAACUCUGUAUGCAAUUAUCAUGAUCUGCCUGGGACACUAAUUUUACAUUUUCUACAACCAGGGCAGAAAGGUCACCAAUGUGGUCUUUAGAUCCGAUGAGUGCCAAUGUAUGUACCAACGCAGGUUUUCCAUUCACAUUCUUACUAACAUGACAAUGAAAAACGUAUUAUUUAUGUGCAGUACUGUUUCUGAUAUUUGUUAAUAAAAUAAGAUUCUAUCCACGAUAGAAUAUUCUGUGGAA